AUGAGGUUUGAGAGAUGUUUUGUUGCGCUCGAACAGUGUGUUAGAAGUUUUCAAACAUCUCUGCGAAGGGUCUUGGCCGUUGAUGGGACGCAUUUAAAAGGUAAGUACAAGGGUAUUUUGUUUGUUGCUACCGCAUUGGAUGGUGACAAUCACAUCUUUCCAGUCGCUUUUGGUAUCGGAGAAUCAGAGAAUAGCAACAGUUGGAACUGGUUCCUUACAUACCUCAACGAUUCAUUAGGGAAUUUACCUGGUCUUGUUAUCAUAUCAGACCGUCAUAAAGGUCUGAUGAAAGAAGUUCCACAGGUCUUCCAGGCAGUAAUCCAUGGGUACUGCGCCUACCAUAUAUACCGAAACUUGGUGGAUACGUUCAAAGACAAGUCAUUGGAAAUCUACUACUGGCAGGCUGUAAAGACUUGUAGGAGGGCUGAUUUCGAUAAAUUCAUGCAUCAUAUCGAACUUGCCAACCCCCCAGUACAUGCAUGGCUAAGGGAAAUAGGUUAUGAAAAGUGGGCAUCUUCGCAUUUCCCAGGAAAAAGGUUCAAUUUGGUGACUACAAACAUAGUUGAGUGUGUUAACGCUCUAUUCAAAGAAGCACGAGAAUAUCCAGUGACUAUGCUAAUAGAGACGGUCAGAUUGAAAAUUCAAGAGAUGUUUUGUAAAAGAAGAGAAUCAGCCUCAUCAUUUGUUGGACCGUUGACACCGUGGGCCGAGAAAUAA